UGGUUUGUUACUUACCCGCUCCUCAUCAAGGUGACUACAGUGACUCUACCCUUUGCAACAUUCACUUGAAAAGUCCACUAUAUGUUCGUUGAACCUGCGAUCGAAAACAACAUCUUCAGCUAUUCUGAUGGCUCCUACAAACCUCAUUAUCGCACCUCUCUUCCUCCUCACCUUGUUUUCCUUGGUGAGAGUACAAGAAGGGGUUGAGGAUUCAGGGAAGUACCCAAUAGUGGUGAGCACAUGGCCUUUCCUGGAGGCUGUGAGAGCUGCGUGGGAAGCGGUUGAUAAAGGGUUCAAUGCUGUUGAUGCGGUGGUGGAGGGUUGUUCCGCUUGCGAGGAAUUGAGGUGUGAUGGUACAGUGGGUCCUGGUGGAAGUCCGGACGAGAAUGGAGAAACUACAAUUGAUGCAUUGCUUAUGAAUGGGGCCACAAUGGAGGUUGGAGCUGUUGCUUCUAUGAGGUAUGUGAAGGAUGGCAUUAAAGCUGCAAGAUUAGUCAUGCAACAUACUAAACACACAAUGCUUGUUGGUGAACGAGCAUCCAUCUUUGCUAUUUCAAUGGGUCUUUCAGGACCCACAAACCUCAGUUCAUCAGAGUCUAUGGAAAAAUGGACAAGAUGGAAAGAAAACAACUGUCAACCUAAUUUUCGGAAAAAUGUUGUACCUGUUGGUAGCUGUGGCCCUUAUCAGCCUAAGGAUAACCUGGGGCAUAAUAAGGGGAUUUGUUCUGAAGCCAGUUCGAUAGGAACUAUUGAAUCCAGGACAUGUCUUGUUGGUCCUCAUAGCCAUGACACAAUUUCAAUGGCUGUUAUCGAUAAAAUGGGACAUGUGGCUGUUGGUACAUCAACAAAUGGUGCAACCUUUAAGAUCUCUGGCCGGGUGGGUGAUGGACCUAUUGCUGGAUCUGCUGCAUACGCUGAUGAUGAGGUUGGUGCUUGUGGUGCGACUGGAGAUGGUGACAUCAUGAUGCGCUUCCUUCCAUGCUAUCAAGUUGUAGAGAGCAUGAGACAAGGAAUGGAACCAGAGCUUGCGGCCAAGGAUGCAAUAUCACGAAUUGCUAGAAAAUUUCCUGAUUUUAUGGGAGCCGUUGUUGCUAUCAAUAAGGAUGGUGUACACGCCGGCGCAUGUCACGGGUGGACAUUUCAAUACUCAGUCAGAAGCCCAGAUAUGGACGACAUAAAGGUUUUCACAGUGCUGCCUUGAAAUUGCUGGUGGAACAUGUCUUGUUUCAAUAUUAUCACCAUAAGUGUUCAACAAUUCAUCCAAGGACAUCAUCUAUUAUUGUAUUUUACCAAUGAAUAUUCAUCCAAAAGCAUUUGUAUAAGAGACAUUUAUGAGGCUAAGAAAUGAAGAAAUUUAAGUAAAAAUUCAUUGGGAA